AUGGAGAGAAAAUUCCGUGGAAGAGAACAUUCUGCAGGAGGGGACCGAAGGCACAGGGAGAAAUCCAAGAAGACGAAGAGGAGGAAAAUUCGUCGAAUAGUAUUCACAAGCUCGAGCUCUGGAGAAUCCGACUCAGACUCAUCUGGUGAAGACGAUGAAGCCUCCAGAAAAAGGAGAAGUAGGAAGAGAAAAAAGAAGAAUGAAGAGGGAAAGAAGACUCCGAAGACGAAAGGAGUCUCCUUCCCUCAGAAUACGAAACAUGAGCAGAAUAAACCAAAAAGCAGCUCCACUCGUUGUGAUGAAGAGGACGACGAGGCAGAAAUAGUCUCACCAGUCGAAUCUGAAGACUCGACCAGUGGCUCGGACGAAGAAGGGCCAAAGUCGAAGAGGAGAGAAGACAGGAGAGACAAAAGUGCGAGGAGAAGCAAAGGGCACAGGGAGAAGUCCAAAAGGUCGAAGAAUGCGAAAAUUCGACAGGAAGACUCCACUAGCUCGAGCUCCCAGGAAUCAGAGUUCACCUCCUCCAGUGAAGAAUCAACGGAUUCUUCUAGUGAAGAUGAGAAGGAGAUCAGAAGGAGGAAGCUGAGGAGAAAAUUGAGAAAAUGGAAUCAAACCAACGACAAGAAGAGGGCGAAGAAACGCAGAGACAUCGGAGACGUGGCGAGAAAAUGGCGGCUGGCGUUUAGAAACACGGAAGAAAUGAGUCCUGAUGAAUUCUUGGAUCAGCUCACGGAAAAGCUCGAGUCUGCUGACAUCUGUGGGUUUGAGAGACUAGGAGUUCUGCCGGAAGUGAUCAAAGGGAGGCCCCUCACCUGGUACAGGAUUAACAGGAAGUACUGGAAGACGUGGAAAGACUUCCUCAAAUCUUUCAAAAACUGCGGCAAAAGAGGAGGUCAAUGA